GCCAAAGCCGGAAGCUUCGCUGCGGCCCGGCGCGUGGAAGGGUCGUGGCUCCGACUACCCGGGCUAGCCGCGGGCAGACAUCCUCAUAUUUUGGAUUCUGGCUACAUUAUAAUGAAUGACACUUUGACAUCAGAUGUCAUUGGUCGACGAGUUGAAGUUAAUGGAGAACAUGCAACAGUGCGUUUUUCUGGUAUUGUCCCUCCUGUGGCAGGACUCUGGUUAGGAGUAGAAUGGGACAAUCCUGAGAGAGGAAAGCAUGAUGGAAGCCAUGAGGGGACUGUGUAUUUUAAAUGCAGGCACCCAACAGGAGGCUCCUUUAUUCGUCCAAACAAAGUAAAUUUUGGAGUGGACUUUCUCACUGCAGUUAAAAAUCGCUAUGUGUUAGAAGAUGGACCAGAGGAAGAUGGAAAAGAGCAAAUUGUUAUAAUUGGAAAUAAACCCGUGGAAACUAUUGGUUUUGACUCUAUUAUAAAACAGCAAAGUCAGCUGAGCAAGUUGCAAGACAUUUCUCUGAGGAACUGUGCAGUGAAUUGUGCUGGCGACAAAGGAGCAAUUGCCGAAGCAUGUCCUAAUAUCAGAAAAGUGGACUUGUCAAGAAACCUGUUGUCCUCGUGGGAUGAAGUCCUAGAUAUUGCUGAUCAGCUCGGACACCUGGAAGUUCUUAAUCUCAGUGAGAAUAAACUCCGCUUUCCCUCGGGUUCACCAUCUCGAACUGGAACGUUUCCCGCACUGAAGGUUUUAGUCCUUAACCGAACAGGAAUAACAUGGGCAGAGGUGCUCCGAUGUGCCUCUGGGUGGCCGGUCCUUGAGGAGCUGUACCUCGAGUCUAACGAUCUUUUCAUUUCAGAAAGGCCGGCUGAUGUUCUACAGACAGUCAAGUUAUUAGACCUUUCCUCUAAUCAAUUAAUUGAUGAAAAUCAGCUGUUUCUAAUAGCCUACCUGCCCAGAUUAGAACAACUAAUCCUUUCUGACAUUGGAAUUUCUACUAUACAUUUUCCGGAUGCUGGAACUGGGCACAAAACAGCCAUGUUUCCUUCCUUGCAAUACCUCGUAGUAAAUGACAAUCAGAUAUCACAAUGGUCAUUUAUCAAUGAGCUGGAUAAGUUACCGAGUCUGCAGGCUCUGUCCUGCAUCCGAAACCCCCUGACCGAGGGCAGCAAGGAGGCACAGACCACGCGGCAGCUCAUUAUUGCCAGAAUCGGGCAGUUGAAGACCCUGAACAAAUGUGAGAUUCUGCCGGAGGAGAGGCGCGGGGCCGAGCUUGACUACCGGAAGGCGUUCGGGAACGAAUGGAAGAAGGCGGGCGGCCAUCAGGAUCCGGACAAAAACCGACCCCACGAGCAGUUUCUCGAGGCGCAUCCCAGAUACCAGCUGCUGUGCCUCAAGUACGGCGCGCCUGAGGACGGGGAGCUCAAACUGCAUCAGCCGUUUCUGCUCAAGAACCAGCUCCUGACACUGAAGAUAAAAUAUCCUAAUCAAGUUGACCAGAAAGUCCUAGAGAAACAACUGCCAGACUCCAUGACAAUUCAGAAGGUAAAGGGACUGCUGGCCCGUCUUCUCAAAGUUCCUGUGUCAGAACUUCUGCUGUCCUAUGAAAGCCCCAAAAUGCCUGGCAGAGAGAUCGAGCUAGAAAAUGACCAGCAGUCAUUACAGUUUUAUUCUGUGGAAAGUGGAGAUUGCCUGUUGGUGCGAUGGUAACAGUGAACUAAGAAAGUUCGGGGACUACACUCAGGGCGGGGGGCCAUCACCGGAAAUACAGGAUUUACUGGAACAACUCUGUCGGAAAAAAAGAGAGGUUUUACAACCUGCCCUAAGUAUAGAAAAGGUGGUAUUUUUCACUGGGAAGAGACCAUUUCUAGGCUUGUAUAUAACAGCAGUAAUAAAGGCUUUGUACCUACUAA